ACACAAUGGCAGGUGGCAGGCCAGCUGCCAAGAAGGUAGUGGUGUACCGGAAUGGAGACCCCUUUUUCCCAGGCCGCCAGCUGGUGGUAACCCAACAGCAUUUCCCCACCAUGGAGGCCUUCCUUUGUGAGGUGACCUCCGCUGUGCAGGCCCCGUUGGCUGUACGUGCCCUCUACAGGGCUUGUGAUGGCCACCCUGUCACUGACCUGGCAGACCUGCAGAAUGGAGGACAAUAUGUGGCUGCUGGCUCUGAACGAUUCCACAAACUCCACUACUUACUCCCUGGAGGGAAGGAUCCAGGUGGAAAGAGCACCAGACUAAAAGGCUCAUCCAUGACUCACCACCAGUGUGAUGAGGCCGCUGGACAGUGGCUGCCUGCAGGUGCCCCCUGCUACAUCCAUGUGUUCAGGAAUGGAGACCUGCUAAGUCCCCCAUUUAGUCUGAAGCUGUCCCAGGCUACCAUCCAGGACUGGGAUGCCAUGUUGAAGCUACUGACUGAGAAAGCCAAGUUGCAGAGUGGGGUUGUGUGCAAACUCUGCACCCUGGAGGGGCUCCCACUGUCAGCAGGAGAGACUCUGGUGAGUGGCCAUUACUAUGUGGCUGUUGGAGAGGACGACUUCAAAGCCCUCCCCUACCUGGAGCUGCUGGUGCCCAGCCCCUCCCUGCCCAGGGGCUGCUGGCACCCCCCAGGCCGGAAAUACAGACCUCGAAGGCAGGAGACCCAGGGUCACGUGGCACAGGCAAGCCAGCCCUCUCUGAAGGAGCCAGGACAAAAUGAGUCAUCCGCUCUCCAUGCCAGAGCCCAGCAGGCCAUUCAGCCAAGAAGCAAACUUCCCUCUCUGUCAUUUGCAUCAGGAGUUAAGGGAGAGAGAUGGCAGGAGCCCAGGAAGUAGCAGACCAUGAAGACACCCGGACACAGGAGCCCUGGAUGAGAGGGGAGCCCAGACAGCAGAAGAGGCUCUGCCCACAGAGAGCAGUCGCCUCAGCCUUGACCUUUGCUGCACCAUUUGAAAACCAAAAGCUCCAAGCAGAAACCAGAGAUACCGGUAGGUA